UAGAUGCUCUGCAAAACGUCGGGAACAACCGACUAGACGGAAUGUGUGUCCAAGUCAACUUGUGACUGGCAAAAUCGUAGUAUUCCAUUUACUACCUCCCUAACCUCCUACUAAACCCCGAGAACCCUCGGGCUCCCUAGCCUUCAAAGCUUCGCCUUUGUUCGCAAGCGAAGGUCAUGUCCAACCAUCUCCCACGUCUCCUCUUCGGCAUCUUCCGCCCCGAGCUCAAACCGUAUCGCGCCGCCGUGCAUAUCCAGGAAGAACUCGGCCUUGUAGGGCCCCCGCCCCACCGUAAUGACAUGUCCCUUGACGGGUUUCUCGGGUUCUUUGUCCAUCUCCAGGGCCACCAUCCCUGCUAUGAGAGCUUGCGAUAUCUCCUCCUCGUAGGGCUUCCACUCUGGGUGGCUGUUUCCAUACCCGUGCACAAUUGCGCGGAGGCGCUUCGUACUUUCGAGCUCGUCCACGGUCCUGCGUCGCUCGCCUUCCCUCUCCCGAGUGUGCCCACCCGAUUCAUCGUGCAGGACGAGGGCUCCCGUCUUGUUCAUGAUGCAGCAGUGGUAUGGCUGGAACCCAGGGUCGUCCGACUCCACGGUUGGGUCGACUAUGGGGGAUUCCGGACUGGUCGUUGCCGUGUGCUGUAUCAGGUAUUCCAGGGGAGGGAGGUAGACGUCGUUGUGUUCCCGGUUGGUGCCAAAGGACAGGAUUUUCCCUUUGCCCUUAGGCUUUCCAGUCCGUUGUACCCGUGUCUCGUCGGAGCUGGACAGCAGGAUGAAAUCUCCAGAACCCCUUGCAAUUGGAACUGUUGCAUCAUCCGGCUUGUCAAAUAUGUAAUGGUUUUCACGAUUGGCCUUGUGGCUAAGAAUUGCUUUUGCCGCGUCAUUCAGUGCGAUGACAGCGAACCCGUAGUGUUGAUUCGGUGGCUCGCCCCCGUGUGUGGCCUUUUUGUGUCCAGUCAUGCUGCGGGUGGGGCUGCGAAUGAUAUCUUGCGUGUGGUAGCAGUAAUCAGGUGAGCGAGUAGUAAAGGAAGUGUAGGGAGUUGGUAAGCAAAACUGAACCUGGAGUUGUGAAAUUUGACCAAUCUAUAUACUUGAGCACUGUCAUCGGGGAGCCCACGACGUACUUGAACUUGACUAGAUGGCCUCGACCAAAUGGAGCGAGCGUUUCACUAUUGUGGCUGCGAUUAAAAAAAAACAGAGUUGCCAUGAUAUCCAUCGCGUCAGUUUGAUGGGCGGCCGCAACUCGGCCACCUACCACCACAGAAUGAGGCCUGCUGAUUAUGACCUGCCUCACAACCAAGCGCCCGUUUCAGUCUUGAGAAUCCCCAAAACAUUGGUCUGACGAAUGCGUAUAGAUCGCCUAUGGAUCGCCUAUAGAUCACCUAUAAAUGGAAUAGUUGUAGGGUUUAUCCUCUGCGCAAUCGUACGCAGGCGAAAGGGGC